AAAAUGGCGACGACAGGUGCCCUUUCGAACUGAAAGUCGCCUGAAUAAAACUACAUUGGGGUUACGCGGAGAAGUAAUAUAUUGCCUUCGCCAUGGAUCAGAAGCACCCACGUCGUACGUCCAAAUCUGUCUUCAGUAUGUCAUCUGGCACAGUCAUGGAGGAGUCCGAGCAGGACGUCCCAUUUGCCGUCGAGUCUACGCCAUCUGCAAAGUCUUUCACAAAUCUUGAAGAUGCCACUUCGGAGAAUGGGGAUCUUAAUUUUUCCCCACCAGAAAAUGGCGACCUUCCAAAUCUUGAGGAGAUGCUUGAAGAUCUCGAGGGCGAAGAAGAGUCAGACUUGGCCACAAAGAGGACGCCACCAUCACUAUUCACAAGACCAGAACAUGUCGACAACUACAAGAAAAUCUCCGAGUUGCGUUUGGAAAUGGAGGACAUUGACAUCGCCCCGUAUGUGGAACGUUUUGAAGACGAUGUCAGGGAUGACAUUCUGAUGAUCGGUAGCAUUUCUUUGGAGGAAGUGCAGGAAGAGGAACGACGGCUUAGAGAUGAACAUGUCUUGUUCCAAGAACAAGAAGCAAAACGCACCAAAGGACAACAGGAGAAAAUCGUCCUCCUGGAGGAGAAGACGAAAAAACACAUCGCCAGGACGAUGAAAGAAAAGCGCGACUAUCUCAGUCGCAGAGAGUUCCUUGCCCAGCAGAGGGAGCGACUCCUAGUGGACAACUUGCACAAGACUUUCCGUCGGGCGGAGAAUCGCUUGUUGAGUGCUUUGGAGCAUAGGAAGGGUGAAGUGAAGACGAUGUACGGUGAUCUUCAAGUAGCAGACGGACAGUACGGUGGUAGUAAGGGACGUCGGUGGAAGGUCGACUGGGAGAACACACCGCAGCCGAUACAGGUCAAGUUGAAGUGUCUGAGAGGUGUCAAGGACAAACUGCCAGCUGGACGAUAUGUCCUGAUGGUGUCUCUUUACAACCGACUUGGCGGUAACGUGAUGAGGUGGUCCAAACUGAAGGGACAGGAGUGGGCUGGAUCCACCCUGCCGCUCAACCAUGAUGGACACUUCUACAAUUAUGAAUGCAAGAUUGACCAGAGUGUCUUCACGGUUCUCCCUGCCAAGCCGUCCAUCCGUCCCGGUAUGAUACUACUGUUUGAGCUCUUCCUGAUGAGAGGCAAGGUGGUGCCGACCGAUCGUGUCGUAGGGUGGUCCUGCUUCCCGAUCAGCGAUGCUAACUUUGAGGUCAUCGAAGGAAAAUAUAAAGUGCCGCUGCUGCGAGGCCCGAUGGAUCAACAGAUAGACAAACAUGAGCGUCUGGAGGAGUUGAUGGCAUCUGACCUCGAUCACUGGUUGUGUAAUCUCUACUUUGAGACAGUCAGGCUUCCAAGAUACCUUGGUGGACAAAAAGAGUUUGAAGUCGAGCUCCAGUUCACAUCCAGUUUGUUGAAUUUCCCUGAUCGUAUCCACGGAGCUGAGGAGAAUAGGGAUGGUGAAGACCCGGUCCCUGGAUCAACGAUGGGGUCGACUGCUACACAGAUAGAGGGAUCGCAUGCAAGUCUGCGCCUGAGUGCCAUCCUGGACCAGCACCGUGAUGAAGACACCAAGCUGCCUCCUCCAUCAGAGGAGGACAAGCUCUCUGACACACUCUCUCUCAAGGACUUGAAGAACAACCUGAACACGCGCCCUAUGACCUCCCUCGGUUCUCGCAGCAUCCACAAGGAGAAGAAGGUUCUCCUUGGUGAUACGGACAGUUCAGAUGAUGAAGAGGAGGAAGUCUACAUGCAGAAGAGGGAGGAGGAGUUCCUCCCUGUCAAGGGGGAGCCUGGCAUGUACUACAAGCGCCACCUGAAUAAUCCGGUCGAUGUUUACCACAAGAAGUUCUACAGUCUGCUGCCGAAGACGCCACUGAUGACGACCAAGAAACCCAAGAGGAAGAUGACACAUCUGGAGGAGCUCGAGCAGCAUACGUUCUCAGUCAAGGAGCCUUUCUCUGACAAGGGACGAACCGCAUCAAACGGUCUCACCAAGGUCAACUACAUGUCCCGUCAGCUGAUGUCAGAGCUUGGCCUGUCGCAGUGGCGGAGCAGGGAAUUCUGGGCCAUGUUGCUGAUGUUGAUUGUCGUCUUCUUCGUCCGGAUGUACAUGCACUAUAUCGGGCAGUGGUUAUUCUUACAGGCAAAGUCCAUCCCGAUCAACAAGUUUGAGUUUCUCCCGCACACGGUGAACCUGAACUACCAGAACACUCUCCUCCUGACCUGGGAAGAGAUUGGCAUCGUCACCCUCGGCCCGUUGAUGAAUAUCGUCAUCUUCGGCCUCCUCAUCUCCCUCUCCUUCGUCUGUCAGAGAAUCUUCCACAAUUUCCCCGACCUCGGAUCAAAGUUCGUCUUUGCAUACGGCAUCUUUACAUUCUUCGACUGGCUUCUGAUUCUGAUCGUGGACUGCAUCAUCGGGAGAUACGCCGAUCUUGGUGGGGACAACCCGAUAGCUGACUUUGCUAAGCUGUGGUGGCACUUCUCGCGUACCCAGGGCUCUGGCCUAGGUGGUGCUAUGAUCACACUCUUCCUCUAUAUCUUCCUCAUGUUCUUCACCGGCCUCAUGAUCUACAUGUAUUUCCUCAGACUUCACAACAACGGCCGCAUGUUGGACAUCUACUGGCGUCUCCACGGUGCUGAGGAAAACUUCUUUGUGCCCUACGAUCUGGAGCUGUCCAAUUAUGAGCUGAGUUACAUCUCAAAGAGAGCUGAGCAGUGGCGUGGCGAGGAAGGAGAGAGGAAGAAAGUGGCUGUCUACGAUUACGUCUGGGAGGAGGAUGAGAUGGACGAGAAAAUCUGGGAUGAGAAUGUCGACGAGGAACCACCAGAGAAAGAGAAGAAACAGGAAGUGACAACUCACGUCUCGAUCCACACGAUCCACCUCGAUGGCCUUCGGGAGCUCCACCGUCAUUUCCUACGUCUUCCUGAUGGCGGCAUCGUGGAGGUGUUUGGAGAUAUGGCGGUGCCUGGCAUGGACAAGGAUGUCAAGACGGCACUGAUCCAGGGGACCCAGGUUGUUGAGAAUCUGUACGAUUCGCAGGAGAAUUUGGGAAGGAACCGUAAGCGCCCACAGACCGUGUGGACUGUUCAUGGCCUUCAACCUGAUGCCAAGGAUUCAUUCUACGGCUCCAAGAACAGCCUUGGUGUCGAAAUGAUGGACGACAACAGCUACGACAAGAAAGAAGUAUAGAUCACGUCGCCUUCGUCCAUUGCUUGGGGAAACUCACAUGCAAUGUUUAGCUGAGUUGAAGAUUUAGAUCAUAGUCUCACGUACAAGUGAUUCCAAAGACUGACCAUGUUUAGAUGUGAUUUGAGAUUAAACAGCUGUUGAAUGUGUCCUUACAAGUUGGUAUUCAAACCUGUUGUGAAAUCAACACAGUUUCAAUGUUCUUAACUCUUUAAGUGCCAAUUCCCAAGAGAUGUCUUCCCCUCAGUGUUUCCAGGGGGAAAUAUCUUUUUUCAAUGGGCUAUUUUAUAAAGCCUUUCUAUAUAAACAUUGAAACAGUAGUGAUUCUUCAACAGUUAUGAGUGAACCGGGACUACCCUCUGAGAGAAGGAAUAUCUGUAACAAGAGAUUUACCUCAUGGGUAUUUAUUGUUCUGUAAGAUUUUAUAGUUUACAAAAGUUGUGAUAACAGUGGAACAAUCUUGUGGUUAUCAAUUGUUGAUUUGUUUAUGACAAUUUAUCCGUCCUGUGUUUAGUACUGUUGACUUCUGGUAAAAACAUGUUGAGAAUUUGUUUGAUUACUUCAAAGGAGAGUCUCAUUUACCAUGUCACUCCGUGGAUAUCCAAAAAGAUUUUGUAUAUUUCGUCGUACUGCUAGGUGACAUAUAACUUCCUGAAAUUUCCAUAAUGUUCCCUCCUCAUUUGCUGGUAAGAUUUCACAGUUGAAUCGUAGAGGAGUCAUUGUGUUCUUGUAGACCACAGAGUUUUCAAAGAGUGGUUUCCUGUCUAUUGUAUUGUUGUUAACUAGAAUCUAGUCAGACUUCAGUGAUAUUUUCGAUCUUGAAAUGUUCAAGAAGCUGUAUUGAAAAGAAAAAAGACAAUCAUGUUUAUUAGUCAAGUAUAUUGUUGUAUAUAGUUUCAUAUUCUAAUGUCUGAAGUGCUUUCCAUCAGACCCAGGUGGUCCAGUCAUUUUAACAGAAUGGUGUAUUAUUCUAAUGAUGUGAUGUUAUUGAUCUGUGCUAUUGUUUGAGAGCUCUCCUUUCAGAAUGUGAUGUGGAGUUACACAUAUUACUUUGAUUACUUGGAGGAAUAUGUUUUUGGUUACACUCAAGGUGACAAGAAUGCUAUACUUGAUCUUGAUGUGAUAAUCAUGUGAGUGUAAGGAGAACACAACCUUAUAGUGCUCUGUGUGAUGUCAUCCAUUGUCUUUCGUUUGAGCGUAAAGUGUUAUUCGAAGGGCGGCUCUUAACCAAUACCACAGGAUAAUCGUUUAUAUGCUAUAUUCAUACACACACAAAUAUAAUGCACCUGUCUAACAAAAAGUGAUGGUAUGUUAACCUUGAAGUACAUUGUACUUGAGAGCUUUGCAUGCAGUAGUUUAUCGAAUAAUCAAAAGACAUUUUGCGUCCCAUUUAUUCAUGUCUGUUAGAUGCAGAAAUGCAUUUUGUGAUUUAUCUAUACAAAUUUCCGUCCAUUUUGAUUUUGUUGAUGAAUCAAGUCAUCGAUAGACAUGUGUUCUAGAACUUGUUGAUGUUAUGAAUGUUAGACAUGCCAGGGACUGCACCCACGGUCAAUGAGACGGGUUAUGAAGUUUUACUAGUCAAUUUUUUGGCCAGAAAGUUUCAGCUGAGCCAGGUGUAACAUUUUAUUUCAAUUUUUUUGUUGACAAUCAGGAGUUGAAGAGAAGAGCAAAUACGAUUUUGUAAACAUAAACUGCUGGACAGUUUUACGACAGUAUUGAAUUUAUAUGAGUAUUUUUUUAAUUCCACUGACAAUCUAUCUAUCUUACCGUCCCUAAUUUGUGAAAUAUGUAUUUAAUUAGGAGGACAUUGUAUGUAUUUAUUUAUUGCAGAUGUAGGCGAGAAGACCUUGUUUAUUUUUCGUGUAUAAUUUUGAUGUUUUUCUCAAAGGCUUGUAGAAAUACAAAGCAUAUGAAUAUUUUGAAACUGAAUAUCAUCAAGUAAGAAUAUCAAUGAGAGACUGUGUUGGCUGAAAGUAGCAGUCGUUAGCUGUCCAAUACAGUACUGCACCCUUUGCGGGGAAAAUUGACAAGGGUUUGACACGGAGGAGAAAUUUGUUGUCUCUUGGACAGCUAGCUACUGCUUCCUCCUUGUAAGAAACUUCCCCAUUGCAACUGAGCCCAACGCAAUAUAAAAAGUCACAUCUCUUUGGGGUUGUGCUGUUCAUUCCUUGAGAUCCUAUUUCAAAACAUCAGUAUAAACAUGAAGUGCCUGCUGCUGAAAUAAAUAUCUAUCGUCAAA